AUGGGUUCAGCAUUAGAAGCCCUUACUCCCACAAAUUCAUUGGCUCGUCGUACGCAGAAGUCGGCAGCCGUCGGUAGGCUUCGUGCACGUUCCGACCAUUAUCUUUGGCUGUUUGGGCAGAUUCAUGCUAAGGUUAGCGCAUUAGAAGCCCUCACUCCCACAAAUUCAUUGGCUCGUCGUACGCAGAAGUCGGCAGCCGUCGGUAGGCUUCGUGCACGUUCUGACCAUUAUCUUUGGCUGUUUGGGCAGAUUCAUGCUAAGGUUAGCGGUAAAGCAAAGCAUAAUUUGCGAGAUAAAUUAAUCCUUCCGAUGUAG